GUGGGAUGUCUGUUCUUGAGUGGCGGAUUGGAGAAAUGGGGAAGGGGAUGUUAGACACUACUUCCCCCGGAGGAGAAAAAUGCUCAUCCUGGAAGCCCUUUGCCGGAGGAACUGGCACUCCCGGCAGUGUGCCAUAAGCCCCUGUGCAUCAGACGACUGCUGACCUCAACCAUGUCUAGUCCCUGAGAUUUUGAGGAAAGAGGGAACUGCUUCCCCCGGGGCAGGAAUAGGUUGUUUUUUUAUGCAGCAUUCAGACAGAGAUGCCCUGUAUUCAAACCCAAUAUGGGACCUUGCUUCAGAACGGAGGACCCUGCGACCGCUACCCAGCAGACCUCUUGACCCCAGAGCUUGGCAAGUCCACCAUGGACCUGGUUAAUACAGAGAUCACCACUGCCACAACCUCUCUGCCCAGCUUCAGCACCUUCAUGGACAAUUACACGGGUGAAUUUGACGCCUUCCUCUACCAGAUCCCAGCUGCCAAUCCCACUGCGGCCUCCUUCAAGCUAGAAGACUUCCAGGUGUACGGCUGUUAUCCUGGCACUUUCAGCAACCAGUUGGAUGAGACCAUGUCCUCAAGUGGCUCGGACUAUUACGGCAGCCCUUGUUCCGUCCCUUCCCCUUCCACGCCAAGCUUCCAGACUUCCCAGGGGCCAUCUUGGGAGAACUCUUUUGGGGCCUAUUCCCCGACGCACACCUAUGACGGCAUGAGGCCUUGGGUGACAGCGGCGACCACAACAGAGCCCCCCAAAAGCAGUUCUGCCCAACCUUCCUAUUUUUCCUUUGGCCACUCUGCUCAUAGCCCUGGUGUGCCUCCACAGAGUCCCCUGAAGAUGCAGCCAGCAUCCCACCCGCAUUUGGUAGAUGGUGAUGUCUUCUCACUGCCCCAAACCUCCCCUGCUGUGAAUUUCCCCCCUUUGCCGCUCAGCCAGGUCUCUCCUGUUAUGGAUAGCUCUGGCUUGAUGGACAACUCCCUCUCUCCAACCAAAGCACGCAGUCCUGGGUCCAAUGAGGGACGCUGUGCUGUCUGCGGGGACAACGCUUCAUGCCAACACUAUGGUGUCCGGACCUGUGAAGGCUGCAAGGGUUUUUUUAAGCGCACGGUGCAAAAGAAUGCCAAAUACAUCUGCUUAGCCAACAAAGAUUGCCCUGUGGACAAGCGGCGGAGAAACCGGUGCCAGUUCUGUCGUUUCCAAAAGUGCCUUGCUGUGGGAAUGGUCAAAGAAGUGGUGCGGACAGACAGCUUGAAAGGCCGCCGGGGUCGACUGCCCUCCAAACCGAAGCAAGCUCAAGAUACUUCUCCAGUCAGCCUCAUCUCGUCUCUCGUGAGAGCACACAUAGAUUCCAUACCCAGCGCCGCUAAGCUGGACUAUUCCAAGUUUCAGGAAUCGGUCUCCUACCAGUUUGAGAAGGAAGACUGUGUGGAUGUGCAGCAGUUUUAUGAUCUGUUAACGGGGUCCAUGGAUGUGAUACGGAAAUGGGCAGAAAAGAUCCAAGGCUUCCUAGAGCUUCCAAAAGAGGAUCAAGACCUGCUUCUAGAAUCAGCUUUUUUGGAACUCUUCAUUCUCCGGCUAGCAUACAGGUCCAAGCCAGAAGAAGGCAAACUGAUAUUCUGCAAUGGCGUGGUGCUGCAUCGCAUGCAGUGUGUCCGGGGCUUUGGCGAGUGGAUAGACUCUAUCAUUGAGUUCUCCCAGAACCUCCAUCGCAUGAACAUCGAUGUGCCCUCCUUCUCCUGUCUUGCAGCACUUGUCUUAAUCACAGACCGCCAUGGGCUAAAGGAGCCAAAGAAGGUUGAGGACCUCCAGAACCGCAUCAUCAGCUGCCUUAAAGACCACGUAACAUCUACCACCAAUGAGCAGGUUCAUCCUAAUUGCCUCUCGAAACUGUUGAGCAAACUCCCUGAGCUCCGCACCCUCUGUACUCAAGGCCUGCAACGCAUCUUCUACCUGAAACUGGAGGACCUCGUGCCCCCGCCUCCCAUUGUGGAUAAAAUAUUCAUGGACACGCUGCCUUUCUGAGGAUUACCAGUGAGGAGUCUGCAAUGGACGGAUGGUGCUUUCUUUGAGGAGGGCCUUCUUCCCUUUCUGGCUUGGCUUGUGUUUCUCCAUCCCUGCUCUCCUCUGGAUGGGACAAAACUGGAGGAAGGGAAUUCCUUGCCAUCCAGUAUCCGGAGCGGAGGUGACAGGAACAUUUCCAGAGACGUUGAGAGGUUGUUCAGACUGAAGACUACUAUAGCACUAUGUGCCCUUUCUCUUUCCCCAAGCCCAGAGCUUAGAGGUUACAGGAACAUUCAGGACUGCCGUGUACUUCUCCCUGAACUUGAAACAUCCUGGGUUUGGAAUUUUUUUAUGAAAAAAAACUUAUGGGGGGAAAUCCCAGUGUGCCUUCUAGGGUUACAUGCACAAUAUCCCUAAAUGAUGCUGCCUUCCCUAUGACCUGCCUGCAAACAGCUCUGUGUGCAGUUUGACACCUUAGAUUCCAUGCAGUUGUAUACAGAUAAGCAUUCUGUUGUAAGUGUGGAAUAUGAUGGAUUUUGUUUUUCAUUUUUACAUAUACACACAAAUAUAUAUAUAGAUAUAUAUAUACUGUCAAACGCUGGUUCAGGAUUUUUAAAAGGAGGGGGAGAAUUGCCUUUUCUGAUUUGUAUCCACAUGAUCAGGUCCUGGAUCUUAGCUUCAGCUAAGAGCCUUUCUCCCCAGGUAUGGUAAUCGGUCUCUUCCAAGCCUCUUGCAUAGGAGCUGCUGCUUGCAUCCCAAAACUGAGGGCUGAAGAGAUGGGGAAGUGGCUUCGCCAUAAAUACGCACGCACGCAGUCAUGGGACAGCUUGCUUCCGCCCACCUGCUGUUUCCUCCAGGGCAGUUGAAUGUUUGCUGGGUGUCCGAAUUUUUUGUACAAGUUGUAUAUAAGAUAAAUAGCAUGUUGGCUUUGUAAAUACAAACAAAUGAGUGAGUGAAUGAAUGAAUGGCAGAGGUGGGAGGAGAAGGGAGGCUCUUCUGUUUGAGUCACUGAUAAAUGUGCGUUGCCCUAUGCCUGCAGGACACCUUCUGCCUUUCUAUGUACAUAACUUUGUAUUGUAAAGUCUGCCAAUUUUUUGGCAAUUAUAUUUGUCUAUCCCUGCUUUCCAAUUUCCAGUAUGUGACUUUUUUCCAAUUAUUAAUAUAUAUAUUUAAUAUAUUGAAUUAAAAAAGUAUCCGGAUUAGAUGUA